UGUAUCGUUGUUCUGUUUUUCCAAUUCCUCGUCUCAAAUUAGCCGAUUCUCCUCUAAAACCCAGUUUGUGUUUCGUUGCCCUGAGAUAGACAUGGACGAUGUCAGUGUAUCUAAUAGCGAACUGUUGGAAACGACUGAUUCUGAAGAUGAUACAAGCAACGUUUCUGAUGACAAUUUGCAUAAUGAAGGUGAAUUAGAGAGCCUUUCUGACAUUGAUGAUGCAGAGGUCAGUGAUACACUGGUUGGGAGCUACUUAUAUAAUGAGAAAGAGAAGCAUUACAGGAAAGAAAUUUGGGAAAUGAUGAAUAAGAAGUAUCUUCAGGAACAAGCCGAAAGAGUUGCUGCAGCUGAUAAUGGUACAAAAUUCAAAAGGGAUCUCAGAAAUAAGAAGACAACAGGUGUAAAGAAAGCCCAGUCUACAUCUAAAACUCGUCCACCAUCGCCUAAGAAAAGGCCCAACUCCAGAAUCAAUUAUGAUGCACUGUCCAAAGUGCUAGAUGAACCUUCGCCUUCAGAUAGUUCAAAGAAGAGGCGGAAUGAACCAAAUUUGGACAAACAUUUGGGAGAAAGUUCAAUUGGAACUCAGGUGAAUGAUGAUGCAGGAAAUGAAACUGGGGAUGAAGAAAAUGGCCGGGAGGAUCAUCUAAACUAUUCAGAAUAUAACAAUCAAGAGGAUGAGUACGACUACUAUGAUGAUGAUGAUGAGUUCUUUUGAACUUCUUACUUAGUUUGGUUUCCUUGAAAUUCACAAGGAGCCUUAAAGUCUUGUAUUUUGGAACUAUAGUGUAGAUUGAUAUACACAUAAGAAAAAGAAAUAGGUAAAAUGACCACCAUUUUAUGGCAUAUUAUUUGCCCUUGCAUCUCUGAUUGCUGAUUUGGUUUUAAAGUUCUGUUAAGGUUCUGUUAUUGCGUUUUAGAUCAUAGAAACAAAGUUCUGUCGAAGACGGGGCAUUUUUGAGUGAUCUGGGGCUUUGAUACACGGAUAUGCCUUAUAAUCGCUGGUGUCACAGUUAUAAAUU